AUGGAUGAAGUACAGCGCAUAAAACCCAUACUUCAGUUGGAGAAAUAUAAAACACUUGAAAAUACGUUAAAAAAAAGAGAGACUAAUACGCCCGAAGAUUAUGAAACAGAAAACAUAAGCGCGAAUAGAAUAGCCCUGCCCACGCAUGUGUCACAGGACGAAGAGAUAUUUUGUCGCAUAUGCUACUCAUACGAGAGUCCGCUUGGGCUAUUAAAUGAUCUGGUAAGUCCGUGUGGGUGCAAGGGAACCAUAAAGUACGUGCACAGGUACUGCCUGCGCAUAUGGAGGUUUAAAGGAAAGAUGGUCAAGGACAUAAAAGUGUGUGAGCAGUGCUUCUGCGAGUACGUUGUUGAUGAUGAAAAACAAGUCGGGAAAUUUAUAGUGGCAGUGUCGACAGCUGCCAUUAUGAUUUCUCUCUUGGUUCUCACGAGUAUAUUUAUCUCUUCAUCUGCAGACACUGCUAAGUUUAUUCUUAAUGAUAUUUACACGUAUAUGUACGGAAAUUCAAAAAUGGUCUCAUUUGAUGACCCAAUCCUUGUGUGCAAUAUGGACAGUAUUAUUGCAAGAAAGAACAGUGAAAAUCCUCUGCGGAGUACAUUUGUGCUUAAAAAGAUAGAAGGCACUGCAUCUGGUGAGCACGAGCACUUUGCAAGUAUCAAGAAAAAGUAUAUAUACAGCCUAAAGAACAUACACCUGCUGGAUGUAGAAAAGAGCGACUUGUUUUUAACAUGCACCACACUUGGUGUCACAUAUACAAUUCUUUGUGAGGACAACCCUAUUCUAUUCAUUAACUUUAUGCUCUCGUUCUGGAGGAUUAUCUCAUUUGAUACGCUCUUUGACUGGGCUUUAUACGGAAUGAUAAAUCUGUACAUAUACACUCAAAUGUUUGAAAAAAUAUAUAAGUGCAUAGACAACUAUUGCAUGUAUGCAAUUAAUGUCUAUUAGUCAGUAUACUUGGUCAGAUAUAAUAAAGCA